AUGCUGCAGUUAACAGAGUCAAUCAAUUCCAUGUUUCAAUACUACAGACAAGCCAUCGUCUGCUACGCGUAUCUCGAAGACUUCCCCGAAGGCGCAGUACUCAAAGGAGGACUGUCCCAAUGCCGAUGGUUCACCAGAGGCUGGACGCUACAAGAACUGCUUGCCCCAGGCAUUGUCGAGUUCUACGCCCAAGGAUGGAAGUUCGUUGGAACCAAACACGAGCAAGCGGCCGCCAUAUCUCGUUUCACCAACAUACCCGAGUCGGUGUUGACGCACGCGCGGAGAGACAUCAUAGCCGAGCAAUCCGUGUCUGCUCGCAUGUCAUGGGCUUCACAAAGGCGGACGAAACGGAAAGAGGAUAUGGCGUACUGCCUUCUUGGUAUAUUCGACGUUAACAUGCCGUUGAUCUACGGCGAGGGUACAAAGGCGUUCCGACGUCUGCAAGAAGAGAUCAUCAAGCGCGACAACGACCUCAGCAUCUUCGCCUGGAACAGCAUGUCGGAGUAUCACAACAACGACCUCGUUGAGAUCUUUGCAAGCUCACCGGCUGCAUUUGAGGAUGUAUUCGCCGCGAGCGUCCACAAACACCAACUAGCCGAGUUCUCUGUCACCAACCGCGGUCUCCUGCUUGGCGGCGAUUUCGAGAUAUACGGCUGGUACGGUGAGCGCGGUUAUACCGGAAUCCCGAAACACUACGUCCUCUUGGUCGGGGAGUCGAAAAAAGACGACAGCAGUAUAGGUAUCUUCCUCCGGAAAUGCGGUCCUGGGCUGUUUUGCCGCAUUGGCGGGUUGCCUUUGGCCAGGCUGCCGAAUAAAAUCAUCACAUACUCCGCGCAGGAGCUGAUGCAGUCAGUCUACCUCUCAACGGAUGCCUUCCUCAAACACUCAAUUACCCGCUUGGUGUCCUUCCGCCACGAUGGCCUGCAUAUUCCCGUCCAAGAACAUCUCCGAAUGCGGUCGGUGGCUCCAUUGCACGCUUGGGAUCAUUUAGACAGGACGUUCCUGGUUCCGAAAGCCUGGGACCAGAAUCGGGGUAUACGGCUGAAAUAG